UUUCAAACUUUUUAACAAUCGGUCAAGAACGUUUGACAAGCGCGGACACGAAACGCACCACAACAAAUUUAAAGUGUGUGUGUGUGUGUGUAUUAGUGUGUAGAGAAACACACAAUACAUAGAGUAGAGUGCGAUAAUCAAAAUAAAAUAGCACAAUUUAUUUUUAUUGUCGUUGUGUAUAUCAAAAACACUGAUAGAAUGAACAACGUCAAUGCAACGCAUACAAAUCAAAGUAAAUUAUUGUAAAUUUAUAUGUAUGUACACAAUAAAUUAUAUUCUUACAAUCAUAUGGUUAUGUAUGUAUGUAACUGUGCCCAUAAUUCAAUUAGCAAGUAAUUAAAACAAGUCAACAAAUCGCGCGCGAUUUCGAAAAACGCAAGCAAAACGCUGUUCGAUCAUACGAGCUUGAGUAAAUUAACUUAGGUUCACCCAUACAUACAUACAAACACACGCAUAUUUAAAAAAAACUCGCUUAGGAGAUUAGACGACGCGCGAACUAGUUUCAAAACAGAAAUAAACAACAGCAACAAUAUACUCAAUCAAAAAUAAAACGAGCAAAGCAUGAAAACGUUCAGUAGAUUUGCAUAAAUAAAUGAAGCAACAAACAAAAAUAAAAUCGCUACAAAAUUUGAAGAGUGCUGGAAUUUAAAAAACAAAAAUUCUUACGUCGACGCAGACGCGACGCUCGCUUACACUCUCACACUCACGUGCACUCUCGUUCAAAGAGCGGACAUAGAGCGAGCUUUACUUUUGCUCUCGACUUCGCUGUUCAUGCUUUGAUCAGUUGUUCGCAACACGCUCAGCUGCUCGGUCGAAAUCGUCGCAAAAUUGACAGCAACAGAAAAACAAUAAACGAUAACAAAAGUCCAACAAAGCUUUCAAGUUGUUGUAAAUUUUUGCCAUAAUUAUAACAAUAUUUUACGGUAUAUUUAAUUUAACGCGUGCCAUUGAGUGUCAGUGUUUUUGAACAUCCCAAUUUCAUCUAUGCACAUAGAGGGAGCUUUUCAAUGUCAAACUUCAAGUCUUACGUCAACAACAAUAACUAUGUAUGUACUCAUGUGUAUGCAAGUAGUAUUAUAAAGUACAUGCAUAUAACAAUUCUUCUUUGAGCUUAUGCUUCUUUCUUGUGACAGGCUGAUAAGAUUCGCUAGCAGUUAGACGCGAGUGUAGUAUAUAAAAAAAUUAUAAUUCAACUUAUCAAAUUUAAAACAUAAAGUGGAAGUUCUAAAUGUUAUUAUGUGUGCUGUGUUUGUUGUACUAAAUAUUAUACAUGAAUACUAUUUCUGUUUUAAUCGCCACAUGUGUGACCCAGUUUAAAAUCCAACCAACAAAAGCGUGACCAACAACAACAAUGAAAUACACGAUUUACAUAUAACAACAAAAUAAAACAACUUCCUUCCCUCAAUUCGCGUGCCCAUGCAUAUAAAUUAAUUAUUGGAUGAAAAUACACAAUAACAAUUCAUCUAUAAGUACCAGUAAUGUUUAAAUAAACACAACGUGUAAAAUCUUCAACAAUUUUAAUAUUUUAUUGCUUAAAAAACGUAUACGGAAGUCGAAAGUUUACCUUAUAAACGACAAUUUUCAACUUUAUCUCUACUCCUUCAACUGGAAUUGUUUUUUCUUGAAGUACAUCAUUUGAUACUACACGGUGCAGUCAUAUAAGCUACUGUAAAGCAACUGAGCAGUCGAUUAGACGCGCCUGCGCGUCAGGCGCACAACGAGGCAAGGAAGACAAGGAGAGAAGAAAGUAUAAAUCUUUGUUGGGACUCCCGCCUCGAAUCCAAUCCCUCCCCCCUUCCGCCUGUUCCUUCUCCCUGUUUGAUCUCUAGUUAAGUGAUACGCAAUGACUGAGAAUCAGGUGUAUCCCAUGUCAUCGGAGUUCUUUGACAGCGGCUCAAACAGCAGCAGCAAUCCAUUGAAGUACGAACUGUAUUCACUUGGCAACGUGCCCACGUUGAGCAUUAACACUGGCAACUACGGUGGCAGCAACAACAGCACCAACAACAGUUCCUCGAGUGCCAUUUCCUCCAGUGCGGUCAAUACCAGCAGCAGCUAUACGUCAAAUGUGAUGCUGAGCACCACGGCAAUUAGUAUACCGCGCAGUAAUAAUCAAAAUCAAAGCCAUCAUCAUCACCAUCAUCAUCCGUAUCAGCAGCUGAGCGGGACGCCAACAUUGACGCCAACACCAAGGCAGCAACAGCAUCAUUUACACAUACUACCUAGCAUGGCACAACAGCAACAACAGUUGCAGCAGCAGCAGCAACAGCAGCAGCAACAACAACAGCAGCAACAGCAACAACAUCAAACACAAGCUCUGCAGCUGGGCGAAUUAUCAGACUUUGGACUGGACGCACUGGAUGCUGCCUCAUUAUCGCCCACAUUGCUGCAGGAUGUCAGCUUGAGCGCCGCCUCCCCCCUCAGCAACACAUUGUACAGCAGCAGUGGCAACGAUGUGAGUGUUGCCACAGCCACUGUAACUGGCAGCAACAACUACUAUACGCCGGAUUUGAGUGCCAGCCUCGAUUUGAAUGUGGUGCACGAGCAAUCGCUGCUGCAGGAGGUUGUCAGCGGCAGUGCUCUGCUCUAUGAGAUGACCCCCAAUUCGAAUGCCAUGUGGAGUGACAUUAGCAUUAGCAGUGCCAUUGUUCAUACCAAAAACGAGCCAUUUAAUCUAGACGAUGAUUACAUCUUUCCCAAUGAUAAAGCUGAGAUACAGGCAAAUGAUUUGACCGAUUUAAAUGGUGGCGAUUUCUUGGAUGUCAUUGGCACCAUUGAGGAUUUGUUGCCAGCUGCAAAUGUCACACAGAAUGUCAACUUUUUGCUCUCACCGCAAUCGCAUACAUCUGAACAUUUACCGCCGUUAGAGUUGCUCCAACAACAACAGCAACAACAACAACAGCAGCAGCAACAACAACAGCAGCAGCAGCAACAUUUGGAAACUCUACUCAGCCAAAGCCAACAACAGCAACAGGAUACUUAUGAGCUGUUCCAUAGCACACCACAUAAGCCAGCGCAGCUGAGCUCGAGUUUCUCGCCGGGCAGCCAAGCAUCGCAAUCGCCAUUGACGCCACCACCACCGCCACAUGCCAGUCGGUCGCAGUAUCAGCUGGUGAAGUCGCGCAACAUGCAGGAGCUGCUCAAGAAGGGCAUUGCCAUGUCCUCGCCACCAGAGCGUCAAUCGAUGCUAAGUCAAUCGGCCGCUCUCAGCCCUGGCGGCAGGAGCAGCGGCUUUGGCAGCAUCAAUAGCACACCUGGUGCCAGCAAUGCAUCUAGUUCGGGUCAAAACCAUAACCAAAACCAGGUGGUUAUCACAGCGGGUGCUGCGGGCAGUGUGCGUAAAUCGUUUGGUUAUCAGAGCGCUAUGGAAAGCUCACAAUUGUCGCGUCUAUCGUCGUCGGCGCCAACGCAUCUGGACCGGGAACACAUCUGGAUGCGACGUGAGCCCCGACAGCAUUUACUAUCCACCGGCUCGCUGGCCGAGGCCGAGAGCUUCUCCUCGCUGAGCACUGGCAGCGUUCUCUCACCAGAUGGCAUCGAUUUCUCGCAAGACGAUGAUGACGACGCCUCCAGUGAUAACAGCGAUAACUAUGACGAUUUUAGCAGUGACAACGGCGGCUCUGGGGAUGAGGAUGAAACACGCACAUCGACACCGAAUCAACUGAGCAGCAGCAAGGGCAAGGAGCGUUUCUUCUGGCAAUACAACGUGCAGGCCAAGGGACCAAAGGGUAAACGUCUAGUGUUCCAAUCGAAGCUAGAGGAUCCCCAUGUGCUCAACGAGGUUACCGAUCCAGUGUUUAGUCCCACCUGCUCAGUGCGUGGUAUCAAAGUGUAUAAGCAUAGCGGCAAAGCGCGCAAAGGAGAUGGCAACGAUUUGACACCGAAUGCUCGCAAGCUGCACAAUAUUGGAAAGGAGCUGGACAAGCUGAGUCGCACUAUUAAUGAUAUGACGCCCGUUUCGGAGCUGCCUUUCAAUGUGCGUCCCAAAUCGCGCAAGGAGAAGAACAAGCUCGCCUCACGUGCCUGUCGUCUGAAGAAGAAGGCACAGCAUGAGGCCAACAAGAUCAAGCUCUUUGGUCUAGAAAUUGAGCACAAGCGUCUGAUGAAUGGCAUUGCCGACUUAAAACAGGCGUUGGUGAUCAAACAUCGCACAAAGAGCCAAGGCGAAAACACCGAGGAGAUGGAUCUGCAAAUACAACGCAUUUAUUCAACGGCAUCAUCUGGCAUACGCAUUGCGGGUGGAUCUACAGAUUUUGUGAAUAAGGUUUUGGAGAAUAUGCGCGGCGGUAUGCCAAAUGGAGGCCUAGAGGAGCUUCGCAAAUCAUCAUAGACCAAAAACGAAACUAUAACGAACCGCCCAUCAAACUAUGUUAUAAGAUAAUGCAAGCAUGUAGCGCUUUUCACGCUCCCUGCAAACAAAAACUACCUGAAACGAAACGAUUCAAGAAACCAACCAACCAACCAACCAACCAACCAUCAAACAAAAAAACCAACAAACUUACCAAACAAUCAUUAUUGAAAAUGUUCUGCUUGAGUGAUAAUACUUAUGAUGAUAACAGAAAGAGAGAAAGUAACGUGAGAAAUAGAGAGAAAGAGAUGUAACUGUGAUUUAAGAGCCUGGCGUAGCAUGCAACAAGUAAAUGCCACAUAUGUAGAACUAUGUGUAAAACUUUUUUGUCAAGCGCUAAAAAUUCCCUGGCAAAAUAACCGAAAAGAAACGAAACAAAAUGUAAAGAAAGAGGCAACCACAAAAACAAAACAAACAAAAGGAAUUACAAAAAAAUAUAUUACGUCAUUUGUUUAGCUAUUAAGAACAUGUUAUUAAGAAGUAAAGAAAGCGAGAAGAAAUUAA